GGGUUUUCUGCAAUCUUUAACAAUUACUAUACAUUUUCGAUGCAACCCAAGGAAAAUGCUCAAAGAAACACAAAAUUUUUAUUUGCUUAGGACACACAAAACUGCCAACUAAUUUCCGAGUGGAGAAAUCGACGGGAAACCAAUGCUGUGAAAGAGGAAAACUAGGGAAAAAUUUCGCCAACAGCUAGGAAAGUCCAAGAGAUCAGUUCAUUUGUGUGCAUAUGAAAAAACGACAACGUCAACUCCCUGGGACAAGCUGCUAUCUGAAAUGAGAUGCAAACCCGAAGACGCCUUCAUCAAACGGACCAGCAGGAUUACAGCAGCAGUACUUAUACCAUUCAAGAGGACCAGCAGGGAGGAGCAGUCGCAGGAUCUGGGGGUACAGGAACAGCUGGCGGAUCGGGACUAUUAGCACAGUCCCAGAUUCAACCACCGACUGCUAACGAGGCGGCCAUUCACAUUGGAGACACAAACCUGUUGGGCGAAUCUUUAACAGCCGACUACUCCGACGACAAAUACGGCAAGGCGGCCCGUCAGUGGAACCUGCGCGCCUUUUCUGGCCAAGCACUCCGCACUCUGAGUGCCGCUGCCGCCGUGGUCACCGGAAACCAACCAGGCAUCAACAAUAAUAACCAAAACAGCUAUAGUUAUCCCACUUCCAUUCCAACAACCUCGCAGCUUUACCAACCGAAGGAGGAUUACCAGGAACUGGAACCAGAACCAGAAAUCUUCGUCAUGGCUGCACGCGAUCGGACGGGCGAAUUUGCGAAUGCAAUUCGAUCGCUUCAGGCACGCAACAUCACUCGGGCAGUCAAUAUCCGAGAUCCCCGCAAGGCCAAGCAGGUGCAGAGCUACUCGGAGUUCAUGAUGGUGGCCAAGUUUAUCGGCAAGAACAUAGCUAGUACAUACGCAAAGCUAGAAAAGCUCACCAUGUUGGCCAAAAAGAAGAGUCUAUUCGACGACAGACCGCAGGAGAUUCAGGAGCUUACGUACAUCAUUAAAGGCGACCUCAACGCGUUGAAUCAACAGAUCGCUCGACUGCAGGACAUCUCUAAAGAUCAGCGGCGUCACACGAAUGGCAAACACCUGGUGUCACAUUCCUCCAACAUGGUACUGGCCCUGCAAUCCAAGCUAGCCAGCAUGAGCACGGAUUUUAAGCAGAUUCUGGAGGUGCGCACUGAAAAUCUCAAGCAGCAGAAAACGAGGCGUGAUCAGUUUAGCCAGGGACCAGGUCCAUUAGCGGCACACACCGUCUCUCCGUCGACAGCCAAGCAGGGAUCGCUGCUCCUCAGCGAAGAGAACCAAGCAGUGAGCAUAGACAUGGGAAGCAGCGAUACAACACCGCUCCUGUCAACCCAGACACAGAUGGCUAUUUAUGAUGAUUCCGAUAACUACGUCCAACAGAGAGCGGAAACUAUGCAAAAUAUAGAAUCGACCAUCGUGGAACUGGGUGGCAUAUUCCAGCAACUGGCGCAUAUGGUUAAGGAGCAGGAAGAGAUCGUGGAGCGCAUUGACACGAAUGUGGCGGAUGCGGAAUUGAAUAUUGAGGCGGCUCAUGGCGAGAUUUUGAAAUACUUUCAGUCAGUCUCCAAGAAUCGCUGGCUGAUGAUCAAGAUAUUUGGCGUUCUCAUAUUCUUCUUCCUGUUUUUCGUUGUUUUUAUGUCGUAAUCGAACACCAGUUGCUCAUUAAAAGCCCCAUGUACCUACCCAUGUAUACAGCAUUUUAAUUUAAUCACAAUAUUCUUUAUUCCAAGCUCUGGCCUCACGGAACGAUUGUAAAAUAAAGUUAUAAAUACAAACUAA